ACAAGAAGGAAAUUCAGAGAUAGGCAUUUGGGCUUGGCUUAGUUAAGAGGUAAACCCGUUCCACAUAUUACACGUCCAAAACGAUCCACCCGCCAUAUUUUCUGUUGCCAGGAAACCCGCCUAAACCCAACGAACUCCCUCCGCAGUUCUCUACAGAUAAUGCUCUCCCUAUCUACUCUUCCGCCAUCUUCCUUUCUCCGGCCUCACGGCGGCGACCGGAGGCUAUUCCAGCGUCUACAUUAUCCAGAAAGGUGCAAUUUCGAAAAGUUAGGAUCUUACCAGAUCGAGUGCAAGCUCGCAAAAUUGAAGCAGGCUCCUGGGGGCACGAACCCUGAUUCCCUGAUAAAGGAGCCUCACAAGUACUUCGAUCAGGUGAUCAUAUCUGUUCGUUCUGGCGAUGGAGGCCAUGGGGCUAUCCUCAAGAUGCCUAACCAGAGUCCUGCCAAGCCUGUUGGGAAGCUAGAGAAGGAAAAGGCGAGGAUAAAGGGCUCGAUCAAAAGGGAUUUUGACGGGUCGCUUGUUCUGCCUGUUGGUGGGCACGGAGGGGAUAUUGUUGUUUAUGCAGACGAGGGGAGAGAUACGCUGUUGGAGUUGCAUAAAAAGGGGCGGUUCAGUGCCAAAAGAGGUGGAAAUGUGGAUUCCACGGGAGUGUUGACUCCCCAGUUGCGCAAUGGGUUUGCUUCCCCUAGCUUGCGUAUCCCCGUACCACUAGGUACUGUUGUGAAGCAAAAAAGAGGCAAGUUGUUGGCUGAUUUAACGCAACCUGGUCAGGAAAUACUCGUUGCUAGAGGUGGACAAGGAGGGAUUAGCUUGCUGGACGCGCCAGAACAUAAGAAGAAAAAGCUUAUGAGUCUAACCAGUAACGUGCUGAGAGAUGAUAGUGACAAGGUGUUAACUCAUGGGCAGCCUGGGGAGGAAGUUAGUUUGGAGUUAAUUCUACGAGUUGUAGCUGAUGUUGGUUUAGUUGGCCUCCCAAAUGCUGGGAAAUCAACACUUUUGUCCGCUAUUACACUUGCAAAACCUGACAUUGCUGAUUACCCUUUUACAACCUUGAUGCCAAACCUUGGCCGUCUUGAUGGUGAUCCAGCUUUGGGGCCGGAGAUGUAUUCAUCUGCAGCAACAUUGGCAGAUUUGCCUGGUCUUAUAGAGGGUGCUCAUUUGGGCAAGGGUCUUGGACGAAAUUUUCUAAGACACCUUAGGAGGACUCGGGUGCUUGUUCAUGUCGUUGAUGCAGCAGCAGAGGACCCUGUGAAUGACUACAGAACCGUCAGAGAAGAGUUGAGGAUGUACAAUCCCGAGUACCUUCGAAGACCUUAUCUGGUGGUGCUCAAUAAGAUUGACCUUCCUCAGGUGUGUUGAUUCCCUUUCGCUCCUCCAAAUAUCUCAAUGCCCAGUUGUGUGAAUGUCUGACAUACAUCUAUCUACAUGGUUUUCCCCGCAACACUCGAUUUCCUUUCUCCAGGCAAAUGAGAGGCUUCAAUCCUUGACUGAAGAGAUAUCGAGAAUAGGUACGGAUGUGUUGCCAAUGAACCCACAAACGGUGCUUGAGGCAAGUGAUAAAUUGGUUCCUCGUACUUCUGAUGAAGAAGAGGAAAAGGAUUUGGAGGACUAUGCUCGCCCCGUCGCUGUUGUGGGAGUUAGUGUACUGAAAGGGGUCAGGGUAAAGGAGAUGUUGAAGCAGAUUCGAGCGGCCUUACGACAGUGCAGAGAUUCUGAAUGAACCCUUAACAUGGAACACAAGACCAAGAGAAUGAACGUGUAGUGGGAUGAACCCCUUCUAAGCAAUAGCUCAAAACAAAUAUGUUGUAUCCGCUGUACAUAUUUGCCAAGUCAUGCAAGAAACCUUUGUGCUGUGUCUGUGUUCAAUUCAUUUGAACUUAAGGGGUCGUUUGCUUCAAGGAUUUGGUACCAAAAAACCAACUAUCAAGGAUUUAGGUACAAUCCGUUGUUUGCUUGCCCCUUUUUUGGAGACCAAAUCCGUGGGGCCCACGG